UAGUUCUACGAACAUUGCUCCUAAUUACUUACCAAUUCGUGACUUUAGUAUACAUAAAUAUACACACGGGCGUGUGAUAAUAUCAUAACGCGUUGAGACGUCAACAUGAUGAAGUACACGUGUGUCGCGUUUUUCUCCUGCUGUGUAUUUUUUUGUGUUGGAGUUAACUCAGAAUGUGGAAAAAAUGAAGAGUGGAAAUGUGUGCAGUCCUGUCCCCCUGAAAAGUCCUGCAACACCCGUGACAUAGGAAUAGGAUGUACUCAAGAAUAUAGACCAUGUGAAUCCACUUGCGUUUGCAAACCUGGAUUUAUUAGGAAUGAUAAUAAUGAAUGUGUUACUGAGGAUCAGUGUGAAAUAUGUUCAAGGGAGAAUGAGUUCUAUGACUGCGGCACUCCAUGUGACAACUUUUGUUCAACGCUGGCAGAGCGGAACAGAACCCAUUGUGAUGUAUGGAGCUACACUUGUGUCCGCAAGUGCUACUGCAAGGAUGGCUUCGCAAGAGACGAUAAUAGAAAGUGUAUACCUAUUAACAAAUGCCCUGGAUCGCCAAAAUACGAAGAGUGUGAUUAAAAUACAGUACCUAUCUUUCUUUAAUAAAAUCUAUGGAAAUUU